CACACCACCAAACCAUACCCACACAUGAAGGUGAGGCUAAUGAAUGAAACAAUUGACAUCCAUGUGAUAGCUUCUCUCUGUUUCAGUGUGUGUUGCUUUUUCAGCCUUCACUUCUCAACCCUUUUGUCUCUCUUUGAUAACCUAAGCUUUAAAACCUAAACCCCAAAAGUGGUUGUUUCAAUGGCUAAUCCAUUGUGCCCUCCACACUCUUCUUAUCUUACCAUUUCCUUGGACAAAGAUUUGUUUUAGAAAAUAUGACUGUUGCUGCUGCUGCUGUCUUUCGAAACUGAAAGUACACACUUUUCUUGGAUAUAAGUGAACCCAAGAUUCCAGGUUACAUAAAAAAGAUAUCGUUUUUUACUCCUUUACAAGUUUAUAUAUAUAUAUAUAAAAGGAUCUGCCGUUUCUAAAGGAUAUUAAGGUUUGUAAUUCAAGGGGUUCACCAUGCUAAAGCAAGCACCUAGUAGAAACCAGAGGUAUAAAGGGUUCAAAGUAAAGCAUGUGCUUCAAAUAUGUGCCUUGCUUGCAUUUUGCAUUUGGCUGUUCAACCAAGCUAGGAACAGUUACGAUAACAAGGGAAGUGGGAUUUUCCAAUCGGUGACAACCGAGCACAGCCAUGCAAUCGUAAAACUUGGGAGGAAAGACCUUGAUCCUCAAGGGGAAGGGUCAUCAUCUGCGGAUAUUAAUGAAGAAAUGGAAGAAGAGGUGGAGGAAGGUAAAGUCGAGGAAAGUGAAGAAGAUGGAAGAGGGGGUGGGGAUGAUGAGAUCGACGGACAUGAUCAAGAGAAAACAGAAGGGGAAGAAAGUGAGGAAGUUGAGGAUUUCAUUGAUGAAGAAGAUAAAGAUAAGGAAAACCAACUUGAAGAUUUGAGUUUAUUGGAAGAUCAAUCCAUGAGAAGUUGAUGAGCAGCACAAGAUUGAAGAAGAUGAUGAGUUAUUGAGAAACUUGGUGGCUUACCAUCUUAGCUCUCUCACUAACACCAAGUGAGAAACUAGGUGUUAGUAAGAAUUGGGUCUUUAGAUUCUUCAUAGGAACUGUACAAAGUGUUUUAGCAUUAACCCAUCACUGUUAAAGAAAUAUGUCAAAGAUUGGCAAUGACUAGGAAGAAAACAAACCAUAUUUGGAGUUGUAUCAAAAAGAUUAUAUAACUUGUAACAGUAUCAGUUCAAUGCAUGCAUCCUUAUAAGAAUCAAUGCAUGUAUCAAUCUAGUUUUUAAACAGCUCUUUAUCAGUAA